ACGCGACGGAUGACGCUGGUCGUGUCGCGAUGCCCGAGUGUGUCAUGUGACACGCGGAACGAGAGUAACUCUGGUCGCUGCGGCACACACACACACGCACGAUUCACAGGGCCGCCGUACGCGCGUGGAGAAGGCGGAGAUAAGAGAGAGACAAAGAAAGAGAUAAAAGCCGAUCGAGGACGAUAUCCCAGGAUAAGGGUUACGAGAGGGGGUGUUCCUCUCUCUGUGUGUGUGUGAGAGAGGUGCGUGCGUGUGUGUCCUGUGCGUGUGGCCUUUGGCGUACGUCUCUCUGUACCACGAGCAGCUUGUAUACACAUGUUCCUCUCCAUUCACGCGCCAAAUAGUGUGCUUCGGUUCACGACCAACACGCGAAACGACGACAACCUAGACCCGCCGUUUCGUUGCCGUUUUACCCAACGGUGACCAGGUUUUUUCGCCCCGUUCACAUCCAAUUUUCGGGAACUCUAUGUUACCGAAGUCUGUUCCAUUAGAGAGCGCGCACAAUUAUGUUACCGGCUCGACACGGCUAUAGCAGCAACACCACUGCCGCCAUCAACGAUACCAGCAAUCUCGGUACAUCCAUAAGACACUGGGCCGGAUUUUUUGCGAACGGUUAAAGAUACGCACGGCGUCUCCUCCCUCCCCCACCGGUUACCCUCACCGUUGUGUUCCACGAUCCUGAGACAGAGCGAGAAAGAGAGACAGGCUCUCGGGCGGUUUGUGGGCUGUCCACGAUCCUCGGUAGGUAGGUUAUAGGAAUGAGGGAGCGAGUUUUGGCGUCGGGCUCGUGGUGGUGGUUAAUCGUUCUCCUCAUAGCGGUGCAGCUCGUGGAUACACAGGAUCAAUUGGUCGAACAAUCAGGAAGCACAAAAGCAACGUCGUCGUCGUCGCGUGUACAAUGUGCAACGGGUUGCCAGUGCGUGGACGAUGGAAAGAGUAUGCUUUGCGAGAAGCGAAGUUUCCUCGGGCUUGGUCUGCCGAGCCAGGCCGUGAACGUCGUAUUGAGACACGUCGGUGCCGCUACCAUACCGGUCGCGGCUCUCGAAGCUUCCGUGCGUCUGAAGAGUCUCGCGUGGACCUCGAGCGGAAUCGAACGGAUCGAGCCGGGCGUGUUUCGCGCGACAACGUUCCUCGAGCAUCUGAACUUAGGUGACAAUAGGCUGGCGGAAUUGCCGUCGGACGUCUUCCAACCGUUGCACCAACUACAGUACCUGAAUCUCACCGGGAACCGGUUAAACAUCAUACCGCGAGUCUUGUUCCAGGGUCUGGAUCGACUCGAGGAGAUCGGUCUGUCGCGUAAUCGACUGUCGGUGCUUCCCUAUCAAGCGUUCACCCCGGCGAAAGCGUUGGCCCGUUUGAAUCUGUCCGGUAAUCUGUUGGUGUCGCUGCCGGAUCACAGUUUCAGGCCGAACAAACAUCUGCAAGAACUGUGCUUGUCGUGGAACAGGCUCACGAAACUUCCGCCACGUUUGUUCUCCGGACUGACACGACUGAGGACACUGGAACUGGACCACAACGAAAUCGACACAAUACCGCGUAGUUUCUUCGCCGAUUUGACUUCACUACAGUAUCUCGAUCUCUCUGGGAAUCCUAUCGGUCACUUGUCCAGCACCACGUUCCAGGGCCUCUCGAGUCUUCGAUGGCUCAGCCUGAAUCAUCUGCCGAUUACCGUGCUUCCGCAGGACGUAUGGCGACCGGUCAGAAAGCUGCACACUUUGUCGUUGUCUGGCGCCAGGCUGGAGAUACUUCGCAACGAUGAUCUGAAGGACCUGGAGGAACUGGAGACUCUGGAAGUUAGCAGAAGCCCGUUGCGCGAGAUCUCUCGAAGGGCGUUCGAUCGUACACCGGCCCUGCGUAAGAUCGAUCUACGGGACAGCAAUUUGACCUUCCUUCCGGCGAACGUCGCGCAGCUGACGUUUCUGAACGAGCUGCAGCUGCAGGGGAACCCGUGGGCCUGCGACUGCCGUAUGUUCUGGUUCGUGAAAUGGGCACAGAGCAAGGAACACCUGCGGACCGCGUUCCAAAGCGGAUUCCGGUGCGGCGACGAGAUCGACGAGGUCGGCGAUGUCUUCGAGACGCUUCGUUAUUUGAACUGUACGGCGCCUUUGUUGACGUAUGCGACCCCUGUGCAGCAGUACCUGUUGUUGCACUCGGUGCUGCUCGAGUGCGAGUUCAACGGGAAUCCCACGCCGUCUUUGACGUGGGUCACACCGACGCUACGGGUGUUGCACUGGAAUCCCGAUCCGGCGUUUCCCGACGCGUUCGUCGAUCAUCCAGCCGUGCACGGCUGGGAGCAAAAUGAACCGUACGUGGACGAUGGUCGCGUUCGCAUCCUCGAGAAUGGUUCCUUGUACAUCACGACGUUGCUCAGACAAGAUGUCGGACAAUACAAGUGUUUCGCGGUAAAUCCGAUCGCGAACGCGACCACGUAUGUUAGCUUGCAGAUGAAUCCGGUCACGUUGCACAAAAUCCAGAUUCUCAGCAUUCUGGUAGGGGCCGCGUGCGCCACGGCCUUUCUUCUCUUAACGCUUCUAUUGCAGCUGCUUCGUUAUCUAUUGGUUAAGUGCGGUUGUCUGAACUGGUGUUUGUGCUGCAGACAUGUCGGUUCCACGCCCCGGGCCAAGCAAAUUUAUCAGAUGCUGGACAGCAUCGAGCAAUACAAGAGCCUACAGCUGGAGAAACUGCGGGAGAAUUACACGCAGCAAGUGCACAGGAUAAGGGAGAAUUGCGCUCAGCAGGUGGAAUGGAUACGCGACAACUACGAGGGUCAGAUGAGGCAUAUCAGGGACAUAAGAGACUACGGAACGAGCCAUCUCACGGCGAUCAGGGAUCAGUACUACGAUCAGGUGAGGAAAGCACGGGACUACUCGACCAGCCAGCUGAACUGGGUACGCGAGAACUAUGUCUUCCAACGUAACAAGAUACGAAAGUUCAGCGCCCACCAGGUGUUGCGGUUGCGCGAGAGCUACAAGUACCAGCAACAGACGUUGAACAAGGUCUUGGAGAAUCUGCCCAGCUUCUAUUUCGACAACUGUCGCAGCGGAUCAUGCGGCAAGAGCGACUCGAUGGUGUUCGAUCCGAAGGAGGACGGACCAUCCGUACGAGUGGACGCGUAUUUCAAGGUGAAGAUCAACGAUCUGGCGAACGGCGCCAGCCUGGAGGACGUGAACAGCGAGUAUUAUACACCGACGGAAUUCUCGUCGGUCAGCCCGCACGGUGGCGGUAACGUUUUGGAUGGAAUCCAUAUAAAUUACAUCGAGGACGGUCCACCGCCGCCAUUGUGCAACGGGAUGAUGAUGAUGCCACAUUCGAUAAUGCUGCAUAGCAUCGACGAGGACGGUAGCACGUUGUCGGUGUACAGGGACGCGGAUCAGGCGAAGCCGGUGUUCCGCGGGAUCAGCACCGAGGUGAUGAUGGCGAAACCGCCUAAACAGACGGCUGAGGUACUCAGCUUGCUAGCGCCCAGCACCAGUCUACCGAAUCUACCACGCGAAACCAAGCUGUAAACGAAUUGAUUCGUUUCCGUGGAGUGUUUCGAGGGUACUAAACAAUGAAUGUAACAACACCGCUCGCUUCUCGUAGCGCGAUUAACACGAGAAUGUACUGCCACACACAAACAAACACUGGAUCAUUAUAUCGUGAGACGGAAAUAAUAACACAUUUAGAAGUGCCUCUACAUCGGUAAGUGAGGGAUGGUAUUCUCGCAACGAAAAAGCGGCGGUAACCUUUAUUUCUUUUCUGCACGUGGGUGACUCUACGAUGAUGAUGCUUUAUGAAAACGCUUCGCACCGGGAAUAGGACACGUACGUUAUAAUAACCUUCGAGAGAGAAUUAAAGAACACACAUAUACCUACGAGCAUCGACCCACACUCUGGGCUAUACUCGAGAUAAAUAUCGCGCGAGUGUGUGUGUGUGUGUGUGUCGUGUCGUGUACGGUAAAUAUAAGAGGAAGGUUGAACAAAAAAAUUCGCGGACAGCUUUCAAGGACUCUUUUUCCGUCACCAGAACGAUGACCUUGCAACCUGUCCGCCCCACCUUCCAGCUCUUGUUUAUCCGUUAUCGACGUCGUAAUUGAUAACGAUCGACGAUCUUAUUCGAGGGGAGAGCGCUAGAGGGACUACCUGAGAGAGGAUAUAGUGUUACCACACCAAAUCCAGAGCGAAAGUAAACGAGAAUGGCGAGAGUGAAAGAGUGAGGACCAAGGGGGGAAAUGCGUGGCCAUUAACGGUAGCAAUAUCAUGUGGCUGUCAACGGAAUCGAUCACCCUUUUUGAGGCUUACUGAUCGAUCCAGAGAAAGGAAGUUCUUCCUUCGGGUCUUGUAAAUAAGAGUGCGUGCGAUUAGACUCGGUCCUUGGGGAACGCGUCAUUUUAACGAAAGACUGAACCGCGAUCGGCAUCGAACACGCUGGACAUUUAACCGAUUGGAUCGUUGGUUCGAUACUAGAGAUACGGGUGUUUUUAUUUUUUUAGAUCCUGGCUCUUUCUGUCAUUCUCUACCUCGAACCGAUCGGAGAACACACGCAGGGCGACGUGUCCAGAGUUGGGGAUUAAUCGCUAAUUUUUUCAUCUAUCUCUUUAACGAUCUCUGGACACCAUUCCCGAUGAUCUUUCAACCUAUUUCCCUGUUUAGUGAAAUGCAAACUUGUUCGAACAGUAGAAAUAUAUAAUUAUUUAAAAAGAAAAAGAGAGACACUCCCUGUCAUUUUGAGGGGCUAAAGGACGUACUUAAUGUCAUCGUAACAUUAUACCCAUAUAUCCGCUACGAAAUUCGACGUAAAAGCUUUGGCGAUCAUGCGACCCAUCAUCUCUCACAGGUUUCAUCGCGACGAAGUAAUUACGAAACGCUCAAGUUAGAAUCGUAUAAUCGAUGCACGGAAAAGUUCGCGAUGAAGCUCAAGUUUUUACCUGGAAAAGGCGCGCGUCUUCCGGGAUCAGCAUCACGAACUUAUUAAAUCUCUUAUUCGGUGGUAGAAUUUAUAACCGCGAGAUGUGUAGAUGCUUGAAAAAAGAAAUACACGGUAGUUUUCAUUUCAAUUCGACUCGUAAAAAUCAUUGCUUGUUAAUCGAUGGGAGUAAAUGGAAACAACCCCAGGCGACUCGGUCGAAACGAUUCGACGGAGACGUGCCUACAGACCAUUCGAGGGCGUUAAAUAGAAGGAAUAUUCUGAUCACGAUAAUCGUCGUCGCGAAGGUACGACAAUGACUCUGCAAUUUACCAUUUAAAUAGACCUAAGCUGUCUAGUCGGGAACGAUUACGUUUUUUUUUUCUUCCCCCUCCUCCCUAUUGUUAGACGAGUGCGCGUUGAAACCGAGUCGAGGAGCUUCUCUCGAAGAUUCGAUUGUGGUUUUCGACGAAAGAAAAAAAAAAGAAAGAAAUAAGGGACCCGGUUAUUGUACAUUCCCGUUGAACAGUCUAACCGUGAGCUUUGUCGGAACAACGAGUUCGAUAUGUCGGGGCGGAAAAUAUAUGUUUUUUCUCUGUGCGUUUCGUUCCGUAGGAUGACAGCUUUACUCAUUCAGAUAAUCUGUAAUCUUUCGUCCGACUGGGGAAGAACUGCGGCUCGUUGCUAUUUCAAUUAUCUAUUCCGAUCUUAACGGCCAUUUAUCUCUGUGUAUAACGAGAGAGAAGGAGAGAAGGAGAGAGAGAGAGAGAGAGAGAGAGAGAGAGAGAACAAGAGGUGACGAAGAGCACAAGACACCACGCGUGGCUGCGAACCCGUAGUGAAUUAUUUUUCGACUGUGUGUGUGUGUGUGCGUGUGUGUGCGCGCGUGCGU